UUACAUCAAUGGAGGUCUUGAGGAUAGUUAUUCUGCUCAUUCUCUCCAUGUUAAGUGCAACAGAAGCAGGGCCAGACCCUCAGGUCCCUUGUUUCUUCAUCUUUGGCGAUUCUCUCGUGGACAAUGGAAACAACAAUGGCAUCCUUACUCUUGCAAGAGCAAAUUACUUGCCAUAUGGUGUUGAUUUUCCUGAGGGGGCUUCCGGCAGGUUUUCCAAUGGCCGAACCACAGUUGAUAUUUUAGCUCAAUUGUUAGGUUUUCGAAAUUUCAUCCCAUCCUAUUCAGCCGUGCAAAGAAAUGAAGUGCUUAGAGGAGUGAAUUUUGCAUCAGGUGCAGCAGGCAUCAGGGAUGAAACAGGAAAUAACUUGGGUGAACAUUACUCAUUCGCAGAACAAAUCGAGCAUUUUCGAGACGUGGUUCAGGUCAUAAGAAGAUUAUUCCAAAGAAAUGAAACUAAGCUAUAUGAUCAUCUAAGCAAAUGCAUCUUUUUUGUUGGAAUGGGAAGCAAUGACUAUCUUAACAACUACUUCAUGCCCAACUACUACACAACAAGCUCUGACUUUAGUCCCAAGACAUAUUCAGCUGUCCUCCUGGAUGACUACUCAAGGCUGCUUAAUCAACUAUAUGACUUGGGUGCAAGAAAAGUCACAGUCACAGGCAUUGGGCAAAUUGGUUGCAUUCCUUAUGAACUAGCAAGGCUCAGAGCUCCUAAAAAUAAAACUGGAAGUAGAUGCAAUGAGAAUAUCAACAAAGCCAUCAACAUAUUCAACGCAGGACUUCUGCAGAUGGUGAAAAGAUUUAACAGCGCAAUGGAAGAUGCUAAAGUCAUAUAUCUCAACACCUAUGAAAGCUCGAAGGACCUCACUAUGAAUGCAAUUUCAUAUGGCUUCACUGUAGUUGAUAAAGGGUGCUGUGGGGUGGGAAGGAACAAUGGGCAGAUCACUUGUUUGCCACUCCAGACCCCAUGCAGCAAUAGAAGCAGCCAUUUGUUCUGGGAUGCAUUUCACCCAACAGAAGCCGCCAACCAAAUCUAUGCCAUGAAGGCGUAUAAUUCGACGUCGGCUUCCGAUGUGUAUCCAAUCAACCUCAAGCAGCUUGCAAUAGCCUGAAGCUAUAAUUGAUGCUUAACUAUAAGUUCUUAUUUACUUUCUCUUCAUUUUCAUGAGAAGAUUGAUAUAUCAUGCCUAGGAA